UUCCGGAAAUACACGCAUCUGCGAACUUAUUUCUCAUUUUCCUCUAACUCAUCCACAAAAAAACAAAUCAGAAAAACCUGAAAACAAAGGGAGUGCUUACCUCCUUCCAUCUCGAGCACAAUCUCAUUACACAAAAACCGGAAAAUGCCCUCGAACCUAAAUUGUAUUUGACGUUUUCAACUGUCACCCUGUUUCGGCCUUAUUUUCCUCAAAAUUCCCAGUGAUGAGUCGUCGCGCACGUCUCGAAGAAGAAAAACAACGCAACUUGAACUCCGAACUCGAAGAAGAAGAAAUCCGCUUGAAAGCUCAACGCGAACGCAUCUACGCACCUGUAAUAUGGAAACGGUUGGGUUCCGGUAUCCGGAUUCAAGACUUAAAGCCGGUUUAUUACGAUCAAGUUUUGCGAAUAAUCGAAGAAUGCUAUUUCCAAGAGGAGGUGCUUUGUCGGAAUAGCAACAUUGCAGAGGAUCCAGACUCGAUAAAAUCCUUCCUAAAUAUGGUGCUGUUUUACUUGAAAGAUCGCACUUCCAUUAUCGCUCUGGAUGAGUCUAAUGAAGACGCUAUCGCGGGCUUCCUCGUUCUAAAAGCCAUCCACAAGAACGACUUUAGCAAUAUUUUCGGUCGAGUCUUUCACGUUGAGGGCGAAGCCCACAAAAAGUGCCUCGCAUUCACUAACUACCUCGGCCGAAAAGCUGAUGUUUAUACCGAAUUCAACUGUGACAUAUUUCUCCAAUUUUGUCUGUUAUGCAUCCGACCGGAAUACCGCAAAAAGGCUCUAGGCCUACAACUGUUCCUUUCCGCUGUAGAUGUUGCCCGAUCCCUGAAUAUCCCAGUUGUGAUGGGAAUCCUGUCUUGUUGGACCCUUCAAAAGCUUGGAAAACGAAUAGGAAUGAAAACUGUGUUUGAAAUUGAUUACGUGGGAUGGCGGGACAGAUUCAACGAAAUGAUUUUUGAUGACCCCGGAAUUGGCAAUUACACCUGUGCUGUGAUGGCGGGACCAGUACCUCCACCCCCGGAAGUAGAACCACCCCCAACCACUAGCGAAGUUGAGGAGAAACUCACAAGGGAGGAAAAACGCAAAGCCAAGGAGAAAAAAAAGAGAAAACAAGGAGCGAAAUAAGACAUUAUAUCACAGUUCGUCUUUUAUUUCGUUUGUUGCACGUAAAGGCUAUCUAGAUUGAUGUGGUAGUAGUCCAUGUCUUCAUUUGUGACAGGAGUCCAUUUAUUUGGAAUGUCUUCAUUGGUAAAUGGAGUCGGAUCCCUGGAAAGUACCGUCAGAAGAAUAAUAAUUUCAAAUCGAGGAUUUUACCCAAAUUUGGCAAAAUUGACCCAAAGAGUAGUCAUAAUUUUGGCAACUUUUUUGUCCUCCUGACUUGGAGGUUUGUCUGGGAAAAGUCCAUCGCCAACCGGAAACAAGUAUUGAAGUUCGUCCGCGUGACAGACUCCAUAGUCCUUUUCCUUAUCUCCGAAAAUUUCGGUAAAACUGGCAACGCCGCGAUGGCCGAAUAAAUAAUAAUAAACCGGCUUUUUGCUAUAUUUGAGAUAGUACCGAAUGGCUUCGUCAGCACCAUUCAGAAACCACCCAUCAGUAUACAUCUGGAACCAAAAUUAAAAAAGUACCACAAGUUUGUUGGUACUCACAUCCACAACGUCAAAGCGCGAAUUUUCGGUAAUUUUCGAUGAUCCGAAGUAGAAAUUUCGAAUUUUGUUCGUCACUUCUUUAACCUUAGUACUCGUCUCGUCAUAGAGUAGUGAAAUCGGUACGACUUCAUCAAACUUUUCAUCAAGUUCGUCGAUUAAAUAUGGAUUGCCGAAAAUACCAGCAGCGCGAAGCGCCCCAUCGUUGGUAUUCAGCCCCACAAUCCAUGGUACUUCACUAAAUGUACCCUUUUUCAUGGUUUCGGUAGGAUGUUCGACUAGGAAAGCACCCUCCGAGUCGGGUUCAAUGGUCGGUUUGAAGGGAAUCAUAGGAUCGGUGUCCCAUUUCUAAAAUUAGAUUGUCAGUUUUUAAAUUUUAAUUUUUGGGGUUGGCACCAUAAAAAUUUGGUCUUUGGCAACAAGAUCAUACGCGGGGAUUUGCCUUAAACAUUCGACCAAGGCCUCACUCGACUCGGUGUUACAACCAAAUUCUUUCGCCAACAUUUUGGCAUUUUUAACCCCUUGACCCUCAGGGGCCACCGCCCACAGGCAGUGUGCGGUGCCACUCUGAGAAAUGGCCGUUUGGAAAAGACCUACAAUCAUUUCAGUGAGCAAGACUUAAUUGAACUGGUAGAUGCAAAUAAAUAUUUCCGGCUAUGAAAAUUAA